CACAACAAUAACCCACAUACAACAAUGGAUAACGUCACAAUCAGAACAGAUGCUUCGCUUCUCCCACAACACCAGGGAAAGAUAGUCCGUAUAAUCGGCAAGUGUGAAUCCUAUGAUGCAUCUUCAAGACAUACUACCCUCAAUAGUAAUGGGCCCAUUAGAUUGGCAUUGACUGGCAAUGACCUGUUCACUGUGGGCAAUAACUACGAGAUAAUUGGACAAGUGAGCUCCGAUGCUGCCUCUGUGAGAGUGAUGUCGGUCAUCGAGUUGUCCGACAACGUGAACUUUGAUGUGGUGAAGAAACUUGUACAAUAUGCCCAAAAGGUGCCUGAAUUGUACGCGUAGUUAUGUUAAUGUAAUGGAAAUAAAUGUAUCA